CCUCCUUCUUGCCGCGUCCACAGUCUCCGUCUCUCUCUCCCCCAGUUUCUGCUCUUUACAGUACCCUUGCUCUCCAUCUACCUCCCUUUAUUUCCCUCCCUCCUUCCCUCUCUCCUCCUCUCUCCUUGUUCCCCCUCUGCGCUCUCGUCGACUCGCUCUCAUUCCCUCGCUCACACACUCAGGCUGCAUCAUCCCCUAUCCACUUCUACCUUCACACUCACCUCUCCGCUCCUCUCGCCUCUUUGCUCUUUGUCACCUACUAACACAUAUCAUCUCCUGCACCCCCCCCCCCACCCCACUCCGUCUGCUGUCUCCCUCUCUCCCUCCACACUCUCUCCCGACAUCUCUUCCCAUUCCUUCCUCCUUCUCAGACACUCAACCUUGCUGCCUCGCGCACAGCAAACCCAUACGCUCACUCAUGCUGACUGGCAGCCAAGGACAGAGCACCCUGUCUCCCAAGCCGACUACCAGGCAGCUUGUUCGUGUGGCCAGGUUUUCUGACACUAAGCUCAGCUGAGGAAGAGGACGAGGACGGGGUCAUGGAGCACAGCCACAUCUUCCCUGUUUUCUCCCCAAACGGGAGCACCUGGAGCCUGGGGCAGCACCCCUCCGAGGUGGCCCAGGGAUGCCCCCUCGGACCGCUGCCUGUCAUCUACUACAGUGUCCUGCUCUGUCUCGGCCUGCCGGCUAACAUCCUGACAGUGGUCAUCCUGUCCCAGCUGGUGCUGCGUCGUCAGAAGUCCUCCUACAACUAUCUCCUGGCUCUGGCGGCUGCUGACAUCCUAGUUCUACUCCUGAUUGUUUUUGUCGAUUUCAUUCUGGAGGAUUUUAUUUUGGCCACCCCGUUGCCUCCGUCGUUAAACAAUGCAGUGCAGGUCCUGGAGUUCUCCUCCAUUCACACCUCCAUCUGGAUCACCGUGCCUCUGACCAUUGACCGCUACAUCGCCGUUUGCCACCCGCUGCGCUACCACACAGUCUCCUACCCAGCCCGCACACGAAAGGUGAUAUUCGCCGUGUAUAUCGGAUGUUUGUUGUCUGCAGCUCCUUAUUACUGGUGGCCUGAGCUAUGGCACAGCCUGCAAGGAAUGGGCAGCGGUGGAGGAGGAGGAGGAGGAGGAGAGAGCAACAGGAGAACUGUGGUCCAGCAUGUCCUGGUGUGGGCCCACUGUGCCACUGUCUACCUCCUCCCCUGCACCGUCUUCUUCUCCCUGAACGCUGUCAUCGUGCGCAAGCUACGCAGACGCCGCAGCUGUUUCCGUCUCCGCGGCUACUCUACCGGCAAGACCACCGCCAUUCUCCUCGCCAUCACCUCCAUUUUCGCUGUUCUGUGGGCACCUCGCACCCUCAUGAUCCUCUACCACUUCUACUCCCCUCCGCCGGCCUCACAAGGUGCCGGCCGGCUGCUCCACAUGCUCACCGACCUGGCCAACAUGCUGGCAUUGCUCAACACGGGUGUCAACUUUUUCCUCUACUGUUUCAUCAGCAAGCGUUUCCGGGGCAUGGCGGCCAACGUGCUGCGAGCGCUGGUCCACUGUCGAAAGCAGCCGCCGCCGUUCUACGCUAGCCACAACUUUUCCAUCACAAGCAGUCCCUGGAUCUCACCGGCCAACUCCCACUGCAUCAAGAUGUUUGUAUAUCAGUAUGACAAAAAUGGGAAGCCCAUCUGUAUCUCCUCUUGAGUCCUCAGCCACCAGCAGCCGCCCCCACCUUCAGUCCUGGGAGAACAUACUUUGGGAAUUGUCUCUGGCGACCAGCUUUGCCUGCAUGGGACUCUUUGAGGCUUGAAAAUGUCAACACACCUGGAGAGCACAGAGUUGACAGUUUAGCAAGCUUUGAGGGAUGACAAAGUGAUAGGCUAGCAAGGUGGAAAAGCAAAACAGGAGAAGCGUGCUUGGCAGGCCUGUCAUGUUCAAUAAACUUUUCACAAAGCGGUGACCAGCAACAAAUAGAAUUGUUUCCUCGAUGCAAAAAAAUAAAGCUACUGUGAGUGACUGACUGCAGCCUGAGUGAGCGACUGAUAAAGGGAUAUCACCACCAUCCAUCACUGACUUUAAAGAGCCACCAUUUGUAACAGCGCUAAAGUAUAAACUGACAACGAGAUGAAUCCUCGGUGAAGCAUCAAAUGACUGGAGAUGCUGGAGACAUUGGUUUCUUUACGGACGCUCUUGUUGUACACUGCCGCCAGACGGUGAUGCGCUUCAAACACUGCGUUUUUGUUCUGUGGGGAGUCUUUUCCACCGAGCAGGGAUCCAGCCAGAGUCUGGGCAUUAAUACGUCGCAGCUCAAGGUGCAAUUCAAUCAGGCAGGGCCACUGACAAUGUGUCCACUGCCCAUAGUUCUGACUGUCUCUCAAGAAAUGUAAAACAGCGCUGUCGUUUCCAGUUAAAUAUGGAGAGGGGUCUCAAUGGCAUGUUCAAUAGGGCUUUUAUUAAAACAGCCCUCCCGGACUUUUCUCGUGUGUGCUGAUUUCAUCCUAGCAGUGCAGGUCACCUACAAGUCGGCACUCGCUAUGAAAGACCAAGCUAUCCCACAUCCAAGCUCACAGGUUGUAGAAUGGGUAGGUGCUUUGCUUAUUGUUUUGAAAAAAUAUUUAUUGAUUGAAAACUUGACUGUUAAUGUAGUUUCACAAAAGACAAAAAAAUAUGUAUUGGGGGUCUGCGUGGCUCCAGGGUGUCAUUAAUUCAGUCAACACAUUUCCAAUAUUAGGAAGAGGAAAUUUCUGCAUUUAUUAGAUAGUCCUCUAUAACUAUUAAUGGUCAUGGAUAACUUAUUGUUAUUUGGAUGAAUAUAAUGAAUGUAAAUGUACUCUGUACUCUGUACUGUAACCCUUUAGCUUUCUGAGAGACUGAGGAAGAUGAGACAGAUAGAGAUGGAGAUAGAGAGGACAGAAUAAACUGCUCUCCUUCCCUUUGCUUUGUUUCCCCCAUCCAAGGUUUUCUGUCCCAUGAAGCAGCAGUGAAUCCGUCUCAGGGCCACAGCAGCACAAAUUCAGCUCUAUUUGUUCUACUGAUGGCUGAUGGCAGCCCAGCAACAACACGAAACACAGGCACAUACAUAAACUCUGUCUUAGUAUUGUAGACUCCUACACGGUAACAAACCAUAAAUGUGAACAGACACACACUCACACACCUCGACAGAGCACAUAGAGAUCAGUGCACAUCAAUUCUGCGGACACUUUGGGGCAUUAGAAGUAUGCAUCUAUCUUACAAGAAUGGAGCUGAGCCAAAGGGUAGAUUUCUGCUAUUACCUGCCUGGAGGGAUCGGACCCUUCAGGCCUUUUUUAUAACGGAUGAGGUUUUAAAUCUGAGGAAUGUUAGCCGUGUGUCUGUCUUAGCUGAUAAAGUCAUGCCCUCCAAAGUUUUGUUCGACACUGAACCAUCUGAGACACUUCAGGGGCGACCCAUGUGUUGUUGUUCUUUCUCUCAUCAUAAAAAACUACUAAAGCAAAAACAGUCUGAAGCUGUAAACCAGGGCAAGGGUUUAACAGCUUUUGCCAUUUUACACGUCAGGAAUAGUAACAUUUAAUUAACUUAUCAACCUCCCUGCUGAUCCUUCUUCAACUUUUUAGCAGACCACCUUGUCUGUUAUUGUUUGCAACCCCCACUGCACUGCCAGAAAACCCAGCUGAGUGCACAACUGAACUUCUCAGUUCAGUUGUGCACACAUAACUCCCCUCUCAAUUCCCAUUUCUUUGUUCCACACAAAUUGAUUUUCUUUAGAACUGCUAAAUGAAUGAGGGAGUGCCAAUUGCUAAACGCUCCUCACCUCCUUCACUCGGCAAACCUCCCACUCAUCUCUCAUUCAUCCCCCUUUGUGUCAAAUGAACUUGCUCAAAGUUAAUUGCUCAAAGUUAAUUUCAAAAGCGUGCUCUUUUAUUUACAUCAACUCUUUCCCUCAGUCUUUUGUGCUGCAUGUGCACACUGAGCAUAUUGCUUUGCUAAAUCAUUUCAUAUCAGAAAAUUGAUCCAUGCUGUUGAGGGGGGUGGUUUGGGGGUGUUAAGCAGGUGGAUGUUGAAUAUUUUUCUCGAUGGAGAUGAACAGCCAAAUGGUCAAUAACCAGUAAUCACUUAGCAACUUCCAUGACCAACCGUCAAUCAAUUUCACUUCAUGUCAUUUCGUGUGAAGGCGCUAAAAUAAUCACUAUUGUCCCACGAUCAUGACUGUUAUGAGAAAGAUUGCCAGAGGGUUUUGGCUUCAGGCUGAGGAGCUCAUUCCAGAUCAGGGUUGCCAUGACAUUUGUUUCACUUGUGAACCCCAGCCAGUGUUUCGGCCAUGUUAAUGUGACAUUUGUGCGAGAACCAGAGCCUCAUUCCCGCGGCCUCCAGGGAACGGGGCAGGCAUGCUGGGAAACCAAAGCGGAGGGUUGAGGGGGAGGGGGUGUCACAUGCAGGUGUGUGUGUGUGUGUGUGUGUGUGUGUGUGUGUGUGUGUGUGUGGUGUGUGUCUGCCUGCCUGCGGUGGGUUGUUGCUAAGAAAUCUUCCCCAUUAUGAGGGAAAAAAACGGCUGGCAUUUCCAUUUUCUUCAGUCAGAUAUUAAAAGAUAACCAAGCAUUAAUCAAUCAGAAAAUUGUAUUUUCUCUCUCACACUUCCUGAUUUGCUCAGUUUCCUCUCUGUCUCUCUCUACCUGCUUAGCUCCACAGUGUGAAUCUGUGUGUGUGUGUGUGUGGGGGGGGGGGACGGUUGUGUGGACAAAUUUUGGUUUUCUAACCAUUGUUGUGUGGAGCUUUUUGGCCGGUCUGCACAGAUUCAAAGGGCUGUUUGAUGGUUAAGACCUUGUUAGAAUUAGGUUAUGGUCAGGGAUUUAGUCGUGAAGGGUUAGGUUAGGUUAAAGGUCUAGGGAAUGUAUAAUAUCAUCAAGCGUCCCUACAACUACGAUAAGGUGUGUGUGAGUGUGAGUGUGAGUGUGUGUGUGUGUGUGUGUGUGUGUGUGUGUGUGCGUAUGUGCGUGCGUGCGUGCGUGCGUGUGUGCGUGUGUGUGUGUGCCUGUGCACGUGCAUAAAGCCUGUGUUUGACAGAAAGAAGCUAUAAAAUGUAUCUGUGCCAUAGGAUGUGUAAUAUUUGAAAUCAAAUAUGUAUUUAUACUCAAUCUUGAUGAAAAUAAUUACAUAGUAUUAUAUGCACAGUAUUAUAACGAUAUAUCCAUGAAUGUACAACUGACGCUUCUGGCAUUUUCGUUGGUAUUUUUCUGGUUGUGAUUUUCUAUACAAUGAACUUUUUUGAGUAGACUUUUACCUCUCUCCAUGGCAGUGUUUUGAGACUGUUUUUUUUUUUUAUUGUGCUCAAGUGAUUAUAGGCUUGCAAAAUUCUGUUUUUUUUUCCCCUUCUAAUGAAUGUAUUGACUGUUUAAAGAGAAUGUAUUAUUGUGCUGUGAGAAAGUACGCAGAAAAGUACUGGUCAAUAUGUCAAUAUUUUUGAUCAAAGAAUAAAUCAUCUCUAAGAAUAGAGAUAGAGUGCU